AUGCUGAAGUCUCCGCGCAUGCAGCUUGCCGUGGAAGCCUAUGUCAAUGAGCGGCAGCACAUCACGCUGGAACUUGUGGGCAACAUGCCUGGAAGCAAACCAGCAGAACCAGCAUCUUCUCAGCCUCCUGGUGCGGCUGAAAUCCUUGAUAACAUUCGUCGUGGAGUUGUUGCUGUGCAUGCUGACAGGGCAGAGGUCACCAAGAAGCAACUUCAAGUUCAGAUGAACACCAUCAGGCGCAAUGCUGUGAACCAUGGUACACUUGCGCAAAAUGUUGCUUGGUCCACCGACUGCGAUGCUGCAUUGAUGGCUUGGCUGCAAAGCAAAAAAGAUGGGCGUGCGCGUGCGUCAUCCUCUUCCCAAGGUGUGGUUUCAAUGCUUGCCUUGCCCCCACCAGAGAUGCCCACGGUUCCAAUGCUUGCCCUGCCUCCACCAGAGAUGCCUAUUGAUGAUGAUCGCUCGGUGCCUCCACCAGAGAUGCCCAUUGAUGAUGAUCGCUCUGUGCCUCCAGAUGAAGGUUCCAAAGAUCAAGGCUGUGGUGAUGGCUCUAGCUCAAGUUCUUCAUCUUCAUCCUCAUCCAUGUCUGUGAGUACAUCCGGGGCCAGAGCACCACUGACAAAGGAUGAGCGAACCCUUCUUGAAGAACUGAUCGAAGCUGUGAAAGUCCAUCAAGAGAUUGAGGCUGCCUUGAUCAGUGCCUGUCACUGGCAGACUUCGCUCUUCCUUCUUCAAAGCUUGCCAAGUCCUUUGAUCAACGACAUCACCUUCACUGCUGCCAUCACUGCGUGUGAGAAAUCCCUCACUGGGCGACUGCGAUCGGCGUGGCAGUGA